AUGUUUGACAAACCCAUUAUGGCUGAGAUUGAGAAAUUCAAUAAGUUGAAACUGAAGAAGACAGAAACACAAAAGAAAAAUCCACUGACUUCAAAAGAAACAACUGAACAGGAAAAGCAAGCAGGCAAAUCAUAA